AAUCUCCUCUAUAAUCGCAGGUCUCGUUGUUGAUGCCGGCAUAGUCACACCGCUGACAUUAUCCAAAAAGCCAUAAAAUCGCUGAUUUUUUCCACAAAAAAAAGCCCAGGGCCGAUCAAGAAUCUCAGAUUAAUAAUUAAAGUCUUCGCUGAGAGUCUAGUAGAUAGAAAAGGCAGGAUGGCUCUAGUACCCCUAGAAUCCAAUCCCGAGGUUAUGACCAAGUUUAUACAUCAACUUGGAGUACCAGACAAAUUCUCUUUGGUGGAUGUUUAUGGAUUAGAUGGAGAUUUGCUGGCUAUGGUCCCCAGACCAGUACUUGCUUUAAUUCUACUGUAUCCGGAUUGUGGAAAGGCUAGUGCAUACACGGCAGACUUAGUAACCAAAAUCAAGGACGAAGGUCAAGAAGUUUCUCCAAAUGUUUUUCACAUGGAGCAGUCUGUCUCCAACGCCUGUGGAACUGUUGCCCUAGUGCACGCAAUUGCUAAUAAUCAAGAUCGAAUCGACCUUGAUGAUGGCAUAUUGAAAACAUUCCUGGAGAAAGCUAAAGAUCUGUCUUUCUCAGAGCGCGGGGAAUUAUUAGUAAAUACUGCUAGUAAAAUCAUUGACGCUCAUGAACAACUAGCCCAGGAAGGUCAGACCCAAGCUCCUCAGGAGGAUGCCCCCGUUUAUCAUCAUUUUGUAGCAUUCGUUGAGAAGGAUGGAUCCUUGUACGAAUUGGAUGGCAGAAAACCAUUCCCAAUCAAUUAUGGCCCAACAACGAAGGACGAUUUACUCGAAAAUGCCACCAAAGUCUGCGGAGAAUACAUGGCGAGAGAUCCUGAGGAAGUUCGUUUCACCAUGAUCGCACUUGUCGCCGAUUAAAAGUUUUCGCAUUAAAUGCAGAACAAAUCAAAUACCAAUACUAUACUUUGGCUUUCGUGCGAAUUCGUAUCCGCACGAGACAAUGCGCCGAAAUAUUGUAUUCAUGUAUUGGAAAUGCUUAUGACGGCAGCAAAAAUGCUGGAAUGCAACGCUGGAUGUUCUGAGAGAAGAAAAUAUUCUGGAUAAAAGAAAAACUUUAAUACGUGUUUCUAAAUGAUUUUGAAAUAUAGUUCAACGUUUCUAUGUAA